GGCAUUGGCUCUUCCAUAGCCGCACUUCUGCAUUAUAAAUCUGUCGACACUCCCGUUAGAGCUCUUGAAGCCUUCCUCUGGCCUCCUCUUAUCCUGCAGCAGAGGGUGUGCUUUCCAAUUGUUUUCCGGCUUCGAAUACCUACUAGCAAUGGCAACUGCGAAUGUCUGGACUAUGUCAGAACCAUUGGGUAAUGGCCUUGCGGUCAUAAACGACUUCGUAGAUGAUUACCACAGGAACAAGAAAGGGUACUACAAGCGACUCGCAAAGCGCGUGCAGGUCAUAUGCAGGAACAAUACAAGAGAUAUUCAGGCACUGAUUACCUAUCGAGCGAAGAAGAAAAAGUCCCUGCGAAAGAAGCUGGAAAACAUGAAUGAGAAACGGCUGCGGGAGGGCCUGCCUCCUUUUCAAACGCGUCAGGAAAUAGAGGAGCAACUGGUUGACCUCGCCGGAGUCCGCAUCGCGCUCUAUUUCCCACAAGAGAAGCAGAGAGUCCAAGAAGAGAUUGGAAAUUGGUUCCCAUCGGUGGUGUGGAAGAAGAAGCCGGGAUAUUCCAAGAAAACCGGCGAAGAGGGUCAAUACAGGUCCGGUCAAGGCCCACUUGAAGACAGCGACUCAUGCAACGCCGACGCAUCCACCGGGACAAACGAGAAUGGGAGCUACAACCGUGUCUUCGCAGGUUACGUGGCAGAUCACUUUCAUGUCAAAAUCUCCAAAAUCCAAUCGGAAAGGCCUAAAAAGCUUGAGGAGUGGAUGGAACACCAUGUCGUCGAGAUACAAGUCGUCUCAGUCCUGUUGCAUGCCUGGGCCGAGGUAGAGCAUGAUAUCGAAUACAAGCAGAUUAGAGCCAAAGCAGGCAAUGAGGAGAAAGUAAUCCUCGACGCGCUAAAUGGGAGUAUCAUGUAAGUAUCUGACCCCCUUCACUUUUCUCUUUCCAGUACAGAAGUACAGAAGCCAAUGGGUAAACCAACCCUCCUAGGUCAGCUGAGCUACUCCUAAACCAGCUUCACACCAUCCACACGAACCGAGUGCAGAGUAUGAAGGAGCCAUUU